GUUUCAGAUAAUGAGGGUUGGAAGAUGUUUUGGAUGGAUCUGAAAGCUCGGUUUCAGGUUUGUUAGUUUUUUUUUCUAACACCGACUCACUGUGACGGUUGAGACGGUUAAAAUCCAAGGAAAUACAGCUGGAAUAGGUGCGGAUUCUGGAAGAUCUAGGAAGCUUUCUGUGCGGGUUAUCGUGUGUAGCUGCUGUGUGUACUGCACUCCACGACUCAAUACAAAGGGCCCAAAAUGAGCCUAAUAGGCCCCCUUUAAGGGGUGAAUACUGAAUAAAUAGAAUAUUGCAAAAAUAUUAUGCACAAAAAAAUACUGAAUUGGCUGAUUCACCAUUUUUAAAGCAUAUUUGUAUAAAAAAUAUAUAUUUUUUCAAAUUAACAUAAUAUUUUCUUGAGUUUUUAUCACAUAAACUGAGCACUAUAAUAUUUGUAAAGGCAAAAUUAGGUUUUAGACCUCAUUACACUGCUCAGGUGUGCCUCAUAUCGUGCAUAACAAUGGGGUGUUGUGUAUCCGAGUGGUGCCCCUCAGGUGGGCCCCAAUGCAUGUAGAUUAGAUAGCAAUAAGAGAGCCGGCUGGUGUUAAUAGCUGGCAGUCAAAUGCUCUAAGCCCUCCAUCCCACGUCCUUUGGAGUAAAUCAAAUUAAACAGAAGAAUGAUUGGCCACAUAAUACCUCACUCUUAUCCUGGGUGCCAUGACUCAGCUGCGGCCUUUUCUAUUCCGAGAUCAUUAACAACGAAUGGCAUUUGUUUUCAUCUACUGUCUUUGAACAAAAGCUGUUUUUUUGCUGUUUUAGUGUCACAAUGUCUGAUUUUGAAGACCAGGGGUGAGUAAUUGUUAUUAUCUAUUGUAACAAUUCACUCAAUUCACACAACACAUUUAGUACAUGUUCUUCCCAAGAACACGUACCAGCAAAUACAAAUAGACGGUGUAGACAUUGAAAGGGUGAAGGAAAAUACAUUUCUGGGGAUCACAAUAGAUGAAAAUAUGAGCUGGAAACCUCAUAUUACAAAUAUACAACAUAGGGUGGCCAGAAAUAUUUCAAUAUUGAACAAAGCAAAAUUUGUUCUCAAUCAGAAAUCACUCCACACUCUUUAUUGCUCUCUGGUUCUACCAUAUCUUACUUAUUGUGUGGAAAUAUGGGCUAAUAACUAUAAAAGCAAUCUUCACUUGCUAAAUGUACUGCAAAAAAGGUCAGUAAGGAUAAUUCAUAAUGCCUCCUACAGAGAACAUACUAACUCCUUAUUUCUAAAAUCACAAAUACUUCAACUUGCUGAUAUAGUUCAUCUUCAAACAGCUAAAAUAAUGCAUAAGGCUAAAAAUAACCAAUUAGCUAAAAAUGUCAUCCAAUACUUCUCUACAAGAGAGGAGAAAUAUGAAUUUUGAAACACUUAUAUACGUGACAAAAAAAAAAAAUAAUAAAAUAAAGGGGCGGCACGGCGCGCAGACCUCACAGCUAGGAGACCAGGGUUCAAUUCCACCCUCGUCCAUCUCUGUGUGGAGUUUGCAUGUUCUCCCCGUGCAUGCGUGGGUUUUCUCCGGGUACUCCGGUUUCCUCCCACAUUCCAAAAACAUGCUAGGUUAAUUGGCGACUCCAAAUUGUCCAUAGGUAUGAAUGUGAGUGUGAAUGGUUGUUUGUCUAUAUGUGCCCUGUGAUUGGCUGGCCACCAGUCCAGGGUGUACCCUGCCUCUUGCCCAAAGACAGCUGGGAUAGGCUCCAGCACCCCCGCGACCCUCGUGAGGAAAAAGCGGUAGAAAAUGAAUGAAUAAAAUAAAGUAAAAAAAAACAACUUAAACUAUAUUAGGAAAGCAGGAAGUGAACAAAUAUAACAGUUACUGAUUGUAAAAGUACCAGAUGGAGGGAUAGGAUUUAAUAAGCUUUGCUUCUUCCUACUCCUUUUGGACAUGUGGAACUGUGAACUGAUUAUGGGAUGCAUUCAAUUGUAAUCUGAUGCAUGUUCAAAUGAAAUAAAACCGUUACCAUUCUUUCCCAUUGUAGAGUUCACCAGGAGGGUAAGGCACAUCACUUUCAUCAAUCUGUGCUCUUUAUUCAACAUUUAUUGAGCAUCCUGCCACUUUUUUCACUCCUCAGAUGACGAUGAGGAACAAGGAGAAGGAGGAGAACGGCCCAAGCAUAAGCCAGUGGUCACCCAACUUGCUCCCCCAAAAAUCCCUGAAGGAGAGAGGGUUGAUUUUGAUGAUAUCCACAGGAAGAGGAUGGAGAAAGAUCUUCUGGAGCUCCAAACCCUGAUUGACGUCCACUUUGAGCAAAGGAAGAAAGAGGAGGAGGAGCUGAUGGGUCUCAAAUCGAGGAUUGAGAGUCGCCGGGCGGAACGGGCUGAACAGCAGCGCGUGAGGGCCGAAAAGGAGCGGGACAGACAGACGAGGAUCGCGGAGGAGAGGCACAGGAAGGAGGAGGAGGAGGCUAAGAAGAGGGCGGAUGACGAAGCCAAGAAGAAGAAAGUGCUCUCCAACAUGGGGGCUCACUUUGGAGGAUUCCUGGCCAAGGUAGAACAGAGGAAGGGCAAGAAGCAAACUGCUCGGGAGAUCAAGAAGAAGACGCUUGCUGAAAGGAAGAUGCCGCUCGCCAUCGAUAACCUGAGGGAAGACGACUUGAGAAAAAGAGCCAGGGAGAUGUGGGAGUGUAUCUACCAGCUGGAGUCAGAGAAGUUUGAACUCUCUGAGAAAAUGAAGAGGCAGAAGUAUGAGAUCAACGUCCUCCUGAACAGAAUCCAACACGCUCAAAAGUUCAAAAAAGGUCACGGUAAAGGGAAGGUUGGAGGACGCUGGAAGUGAGUCCACACCACCAUGAAGGCUAAGGUCUCUGCAGUGUUGCACCACUGACAUGAAUAAAUUGCGGUAUUGCAUGCAAUUGCGCCGUUGUAUUCCUCACUUGUGCUGUGAAAUAGUAUGUGACGUCAUGUAAGGAUAUACUGGCUAAAAUCAUUAAAUUCUAUGCAAUGUCCUUCUGUGGUGUGAAAACAGCAUGGACGUCAUCACUCUUUGCCUCACGACACGGUUGGAAUCCAGCCUCCGUACACAUGCUGGACACUCGUUCUGCAAAGCCUGCUUCUUGCUCUUUGUUCAGGUCCAAAAUGUACCUGUGGUACAGAAGCAACUGUAUUUUUUUGUGUUAUCACUAUAGUAACAAGCCUAAAAAAAAACAAAAAAACCCUUACUUGGCCAACUCGACAACAAGCAGAGCGUCUGGUGCUGCAAUCUGCCAAAUAUUGGAGCCCAAAUGGUGCGCACAGCUUUUAACAGAAGCAUUUAACCGGGGAGGGCAGAGAACAGGAUGGUCAGUAGCAUACAGCAUCACUUGGCUGAGACUCAAAAU